AUGUCCCGAUCACCGUCUCGCGCGCGGUCCCCGAUUCGCUCCUCGUCCUCGUCCUCGAUCCUCUGGGCAUCUUCAGGCUUCAGCCAGCUGCAGCCACGCCGGCCAGCCCGCCUUCGCCGCGACUCGUGCGUACCCCGCCGGCGACAGGUGCACGCCAUCGUCGUCGUAAUGGAGCAGCGCGGCACGGGACAGCACAUACGCCGACACCUUACGCCCCUGGCGCCGCCGCUCCAACACGCAUCGUCCUACGGACACGUGCUUGAUGCGCAUGUCGCUCUCGAGCGGCUCCCCCAGCCACCGGGUGACUGGGCACCGGAGCGGACACAGCCGGCCCAGGUCUUGCCGACAUGUGCAGAGGGCACCCACACGGUGACCUCCCACUCGCCCACUCGCGGAAGAAAGCCGGCUCGCGCACUCCCGCCGCCUCCGUCCACGGUCCGGGAGGGCGGGCUCACGCCGCUACUCCCGACCACGGAAACGGUCAUAGGCGCGCUCCCGCCGCCUCCGUCCACGGUCCGGGAGGGCGGGCUCACGCCGCUACUCCCGACCACGGAAACGGUCAUAGGCGCGCUCCCGCCGCCUCCGUCCACGGUCCGGGAGGGCGGGCUCACGCCGCUACUCCCGACCACGGAAACGGUCAUAGGCGCGCUCCCGCCGCCUCCGUCCACGGUCCGGGAGGGCGGGCUCACGCCGCUACUCCCGACCACGGAAACGGUCAUAGGCGCGCUCCCGCCGCCUCCGUCCACGGUCCGGGAGGGCGGGCUCACGCCGCUACUCCCGACCACGGAAACGGUCAUAGGCGCACUCCCGCCGCCUCCGUCCACGGUCCGGGAGGGCGGGCUCACGCCGCUUCUCCCGACCACGGACACGGUCGUAGGCGCGCUCCCGCCGCCUCCGUCCACGGUCCGGGAGGGCGGGCUCACGCCGCUACUCCCGACCACGGAAACGGUCAUAGGCGCACUCCCGCCGCCUCCGUCCACGGUCCGGGAGGGCGGGCUCACGCCGCUACUCCCGACCACGGAAACGGUCAUAGGCGCACUCCCGCCGCCUCCGUCCACGGUCCGGGAGGGCGGGCUCACGCCGCUUCUCCCGACCACGGAAACGGUCAUAGGCGCACUCCCGCCGCCUCCGUCCACGGUCCGGGAGGGCGGGCUCACGCCGCUACUCCCGACCACGGAAACGGUCAUAGGCGCGCUCCCGCCGCCUCCGUCCACGGUCCGGGAGGGCGGGCUCACGCCGCUACUCCCGACCACGGAAACGGUCAUAGGCGCGCUCCCGCCGCCUCCGUCCACGGUCCGGGAGGGCGGGCUCACGCCGCUACUCCCGACCACGGAAACGGUCAUAGGCGCGCUCCCGCCGCCUCCGUCCACGGUCCGGGAGGGCGGGCUCACGCCGCUACUCCCGACCACGGAAACGGUCAUAGGCGCGCUCCCGCCGCCUCCGUCCACGGUCCGGGAGGGCGGGCUCACGCCGCUACUCCCGACCACGGAAACGGUCAUAGGCGCGCUCCCGCCGCCUCCGUCCACGGUCCGGGAGGGCGGGCUCACGCCGCUUCUCCCGACCACGGACACGGUCGUAGGCGCGCUCCCGCCGCCUCCGUCCACGGUCCGGGAGGGCGGGCUCACGCCGCUACUCCCGACCACGGAAACGGUCAUAGGCGCGCUCCCGCCGCCUCCGUCCACGGUCCGGGAGGGCGGGCUCACGCCGCUACUCCCGACCACGGAAACGGUCAUAGGCGCACUCCCGCCGCCUCCGUCCACGGUCCGGGAGGGCGGGCUCACGCCGCUUCUCCCGACCACGGACACGGUCGUAGGCGCGCUCCCGCCGCCUCCGUCCACGGUCCGGGAGGGCGGGCUCACGCCGCUACUCCCGACCACGGAAACGGUCAUAGGCGCACUCCCGCCGCCUCCGUCCACGGUCCGGGAGGGCGGGCUCACGCCGCUACUCCCGACCACGGAAACGGUCAUAGGCGCACUCCCGCCGCCUCCGUCCACGGUCCGGGAGGGCGGGCUCACGCCGCUACUCCCGACCACGGAAACGGUCAUAGGCGCACUCCCGCCGCCUCCGUCCACGGUCCGGGAGGGCGGGCUCACGCAGCUACUCCCGACCACGGAAACGGUCAUAGGCGCGCUCCCGCCGCCUCCGUCCACGGUCCGGGAGGGCGGGCUCACGCCGCUACUCCCGACCACGGAAACGGUCAUAGGCGCACUCCCGCCGCCUCCGUCCACGGUCCGGGAGGGCGGGCUCACGCCGCUUCUCCCGACCACGGACACGGUCGUAGGCGCGCUCCCGCCGCCUCCGUCCACGGUCCGGGAGGGCGGGCUCACGCCGCUACUCCCGACCACGGAAACGGUCAUAGGCGCGCUCCCGCCGCCUCCGUCCACGGUCCGGGAGGGCGGGCUCACGCCGCUACUCCCGACCACGGAAACGGUCAUAGGCGCACUCCCGCCGCCUCCGUCCACGGUCCGGGAGGGCGGGCUCACGCCGCUUCUCCCGACCACGGACACGGUCUUAGGCGCGCUCCCGCCGCCUCCGUCCACGGUCCGGGAGGGCGGGCUCACGCCGCUACUCCCGACCACGGAAACGGUCAUAGGCGCGCUCCCGCCGCCUCCGUCCACGGUCCGGGAGGGCGGGCUCACGCCGCUACUCCCGACCACGGAAACGGUCAUAGGCGCGCUCCCGCCGCCUCCGUCCACGGUCCGGGAGGGCGGGCUCACGCCGCUUCUCCCGACCACGGACACGGUCGUAGGCGCGCUCCCGCCGCCUCCGUCCACGGUCCGGGAGGGCGGGCUCACGCCGCUACUCCCGACCACGGAAACGGUCAUAGGCGCACUCCCGCCGCCUCCGUCCACGGUCCGGGAGGGCGGGCUCACGCCGCUUCUCCCGACCACGGACACGGUCGUAGGCGCGCUCCCGCCGCCUCCGUCCACGGUCCGGGAGGGCGGGCUCACGCCGCUUCUCUCGGUCACCGCGUCCGACUCCGUCCUCGUGGGCAUCCACUCGUAG